AUGGACCCCUUUCAGGAUCCAGGGCCAUCUCACUCUCACAACAACUCCCAAGACCACAUGGCUUCAACCCCAGGGCGCAAGCGCGUCGUCUGGUGCUCUGAUACUGCCGCCGAACGUCCUACGUCAACGGCUACGCCUGAGGAGGCCAACACAGGUUCAGCCGGUUACAACACGCCCCUCCAGAGGGCGGAUCUCUCGCAGGAUGAUCUCAGAAAGAUGCGAGAGUCUAUCAAGAUUGCUCUCUCAGAAGAGUAUCCACAGGAAGCUAGUACAACACCCCCCACUCGUGAAGUGCAGCGACCACGCCCAGCCAUACGAAAAGCUCCUCGCACACCACCAGAGUUCUACCUUAAUGAUGAGCCCAACCCCUUUGAGGAUGAACUCGAUCGCCAGAACCCAGUCAAUAAGGCCAAAGAACGAUCAGGACUGGAGGCCCACCGACGAGCCGCCAAGCUCUCUCAAUCAAUGGGCACUUACUCUGCUCCAGUUUCUCGUCGCAACUCGCAGGGCCAGAUGACACCACCCUCGGUGGAACUCCAAAGCAUGCCCGCCUCGUAUGAACACACCGCUGAGAACAGCGAAGACGAAGAUGGCGGUGAAGACCCUCAGUUCAUGAAGCGAGCAUCGAUGUUGCUACGCAACCACACUAUUCGAAACGGCAGCGUAGACCCCGCAUUCAGCAUAGAAGAUCUCUAUCAUUCCGAGCCUCCCCUCCAGUCUGGGCAAGUCAGUCCCACAAACGCUGUCGAGAUUGAGGACGAGCAUGUUGCACGCCCACAAAAGUAUCGAACUGGUGUUCUUGGAACGCUGCUGCAGGCCUCGACCGCUGCUGCACAAGCUCCUGUUACCGCGGGCCGCUCUGGCAAAUCCUCUCAUUUGAGAAACCUUAGCGCAGGCUACACUUUCAGUGGGGCUUCGACCGCAGCCAACUCCCCCAACUCAUCCCCACCUCGGUCAGGGGCUACGACGCCUCGUAGCAAGCCCUGGUACAGCCGUCACCACAACCAAUCCACGAACUCCAUUUCUCAGCUUGUCGGCACAUCUGCUCGGAGCUUUGCCGCGCCUUCUCAGCAGGACUUGGGCAAUGAGUUCGACGAGCGAGUCAAGAAGACACGUCCUGGUAUGGGCAAGCGUUCGAAGUCUGACGAAUCAGUCAAGAGGUCCAACAAGCGUCGCGACCGUGACUUGAAGAUCAAGAUUCACAUUGCUGGCACUCUAGCACGUCAAAGCUACCUUCGCAAGCUCUGCAAAGCCCUGAUGAUGUAUGGUGCGCCCACUCAUCGCUUGGAAGAGUACCUCAACAUGUCAGCGCGUGUUCUGGAGAUCGAAGCCCAGUUCUUGUACAUGCCUGGUUGCAUGAUCUGCGCCUUCGACGACACAUCGAUCCACACCUCUGAAGUCAAGCUUGUGAGGACAACACAAGGUGUUGAUCUCGGCAAGCUACGCGACGUUCACGAGAUCUACAAGGAUGUUGUUCACGAUCGCAUGGGUGUUGAUGAAGCAACCCCUCGCCUGGAAGCCAUCAUGGGACGUAAGAACAAGUUUGGCCGCUGGCCCAGAGUGCCUGUGUACGGUCUGGCUUCCGCCACUGUCGCUCCCUAUGCCUUUAACGCUCGACCCAUCGAUCUUCCGUUCUGCUUUGUAUUGGGUUGCAUAAUUGGCUGGCUGCAGCUGAUCGUCGCACCUGGCAACGAGCUCAUCAGCAACGUCUUCGAGAUUGGUGCUGCCGUCAUCACGAGCUUCAUUGCUCGCGCCCUUGGCUCCAUUCGUGGCAGCGAUGGCAAGGAAAUCUUCUGCUUCAGUGCUAUGGCACAAUCUAGUAUCGCCCUCAUUCUGCCUGGUUUCAUGGUUCUCUGCGCUUCUCUCGAACUCCAGAGUAAACAUAUCGUAGCGGGGUCCGUACGCAUGGUGUACGCUAUCAUCUACUCCCUCUUUCUCGGUUUCGGCAUCACCAUCGGCACUGUUCUUUAUGGAAUGAUGGACAAGAAUGCUACCUCGGCGACAACCUGCCGCAACCCCAUGUCCUCGCACUACUACUACCUCUUCGUUCUUGCUUUUGCGCUCUGCCUUAUGGUUGUCAACCAGGCAAAGUACAAGCAAAUGCCCUCUAUGGCCAUUAUUGCGCUCAUCGGCUACGUUGUCAACUUCCACAGCUCGCAGUACUUCAAGGCCAACGCACAAGUUUCCAACACCCUCGGCGCGCUGGCUAUUGGUAUCGCCGCCAAUGUACACGCUCGUUUCGGACGCUACGUGGACAACUGGAGUCUGGAUACCUGGGAGAACAAGCUACGUCCGCGUGUCAUGGCGCUGCGCAAGAAGUAUCUGCGCAACCGCCACGGCGCGAUUCGAUCCUUGCCCAAAAUCGAGCGCUCAGAGUACAACGCCACCCACAACGACAGCACAACGCACUCCCGCGCGAGCUCUGUCAGCGACUUCGUGCCGCACACGCGCAAGAUUGGAUACGGCCUUGCUGCCGCUGCCAUGUUGCCCGCCAUCUUCGUGCAGGUCCCCUCUGGUCUGAGUGUGCAGGGCUCGCUUGUGUCUGGCCUCAACUCCGCGGAUCAGAUAACGAGGAACACGACCACUGCUGCGACUGUCAGUGCCGCGGAUGUGACAGCUAGCAGCACGCUCAACAGUAUUGCACUCAACGUUGGUUUCUCGGUCGUGCAGAUUGCCAUUGGUAUUACAGUUGGUCUGUUCUUGGCAGCGCUCAUUGUGUAUCCGCUUGGCAAGAGGAGGUCUGGUCUUUUCAGUUUCUAG